AUGACCUUGAACACUCUGAUUUGGACUGUCUUCAUCCUCAUUCUCGGUCGGCUAUGCUAUCUUUCGUUUUCAAAAAUCAAGAACCACCGCAACAAUUCUACCCUGGGGGCUCAACAUGGCUGCGAGUUACCGCCCGAGCUUCCCAAGAAAUGGCCACUUGGAAUUGAUCGCAUCAAGGACCUCUGGGAGACAAACGCAGAAGGUCGACUUCUUGAAUAUCUGUGCAAAGUAGCCGAAGACUACGAGCCUCAGAACAAUCUGACCCAAUAUCUGUUGUUUGGACCGAGGGCUUUUCAUGUGUUGCAUCCUGCGAAUGUGGAAGCUAUUUUAUCCACAAAUUUCAAAGAUUACGGCUUUGGCGCUCGACCUAAAAUCUUUGCACCUUUGCUGGGAAACGGAAUUUUUACCCAGGAGGGCGCUGCAUGGAAGCAUUCACGAGAACUUCUGCGGAAACAGUUCAUUCGUGUCCAGUCCCAGAACUUUGACCACUUCCAUGAGCAUGUCGACAACCUGAUUCAUCUCUACGCUUUGAGGGCUGGCAUCGACCAAGAUAAAGAGAACAAAAUCUUCGCAGAAAGCUUCAAUAUUGCACAAGAAGGUCUUGCCAAACGCUUUCGUAUAGCACCCUGGCAAUUUCUCUACAACCCUCCAGCCUUCCGAAAAGCCUGUGCUAACGUUCACCGCUUUGUCGAGGGUUACAUUAAGGGGUUGAAUUUAGAAAAUGUGGAAAGUCACGACAAGAAACAAUAUGGUUUCAUUAAGCAAGUUUCUGAGGAGUCUCAAGACAUGAAAGAGCUCCGUGAUCAACUUCUGAAUGUUUUGCUUGCUGGCCGGGAUACAACGGCAUGCUGCUUAUCUUGGACAUUUCGACUACUUGUCCGUCACUCGAAUGUAAUGGAACGUCUGCGACGAGAGAUCGCUUCUGUCAUGCAAAGUGAUCCUACACCGAGUAGAGAGCAAAUCAGAAAGAUGCCAUACCUUGCUUGUGUCGUCAAAGAAAGUCUUCGUUUGUAUCCUCCCGUCCCGUUAAAUAAUCGCGAGGCGGCGCGGACCACUAUUCUACCAACUGGCGGUGGCCCAGAAGGAGAUAAGCCCAUGUUGGUAAGAAAAGGUGAACUGGUUGUUUUUUCACAGUAUGUGAAUUCAAGGAAAAAAAACAUCUACGGCCAUGAUGCAUAUGAAUUCCGCCCUGAGCGUUGGGAGAGCGGCGAACUUGCCAAUAUUGGCUGGGGCUUCUUUCCUUUCAGUGGUGGGCCCCGCCAAUGUUUAGGGGAAGACUUCGCCCAAAUGGAGGUUUCUUACACGAUCGUGAGGAUGCUGCAAACAUUUUCACACAUCACGUUACCCAAAGGGGAGCUAAAUGAACCAGUUGGAAGCGAAAAGCAGCGACUGACACUGGUCCUAUCGAGCGCUGAAGGAUGCAAAGUGGAGAUUCUGAAAAGGUAG